AUGGCCAGAAAGCCACGCCUGACGAGGAGUGGGGAAGCUCAGUUGCACGGAGGCUUCGCACUAUGUGGGAGUACGCCGACGACCGAGAGAACGAUCCGCAAAAAGCCUUCCAUGCCCCCCGCAGAAGACAAUGCGUGCAUCACCAUUGCCCAGGCUACCGUAUCUCCAGAUUGCAGGGUGGUUGAAGAGGGCAAACGUGCAGCCGCAGAUGACGAGUCAGAAGUGGUUAGGGUAUUCAAGGCAAGCAGGCGGAACAAAUUCGGCAAGUUCUUGGAUGCUUUCGGCUGGCUAAAUCUCAUCCUGAGGAAUGCAAAUGCUCAGAUGCGGCGAGAUCUGCAGGCGGUCAAGCUCAGGCUGCCGGCAGUGCUGGAAACACUCGUUGGCAGCGCGGAUUGGGCUGACCAGAAUUCCGUCAAGCAGUUGGCACAGAAGCUGCACGACUUGCAAGAACGAUGGAAGGAUGGACGACGCCCAACAAAACUCGAGCACCACGCGUGCUUGCUGGAGCUUCGUUCAGGGAACAGGCAUUGCAGAGAAGGCAUCGAAAGCAUGUGGACAACGGGGCGCCUGCAGAGCCACUUCGCGGAAUCCUGCGAGACACAGGAGAUUCUCUUGGAUCUGGUAAAGCAGUUUCCGAGCCUUCUGAACGAGACUGACGGAGAAGCACUUCCCGAGCUCGUGAAGUACUCCACAGGAGCAUCUGCCACGGUGCAGACCGUCAUGUUGGUUGAUCAAAUGUGGUUGAUGACCCGGCGGCAGGGGCAGGAGGUCGAAAAGCGAGUUCCAUUGAGUGUAGACUUGAAGCCGCUCUUCGUGCUGCUUCUGCGCGAGAUACACUCUGAAUGGCCUACUUUUCGCAAAGAUGCAAAGCUCUUGCUCAAGAUUCAAGGCAUCAGGAGCACCGGUGGGUGGGUGGCACACCCAAAGACGAGAAGGACGGGCAAAUCUUCAGAAGCGCUGCUGUUUGGGGAACAGCACGUUGAUGCUGCGCUGAAGGCUGCCGUCGGACUGCGGCCAGCCGCGCUCCUGGACGCGCUGGGCGGGGAGCGGCCCUGGCGCGCGAUCACGCAGCGGGAGAUCGGCAUCGAGGCUCCGCCGGAUUUACCGACGGAGGGGCUGAUCCUGAAGUCAGCAGGCGACGAAGCCACAAUCAUCGAUCGGGAAGAUCAGCUGCAGGCCUUGGUGUCCCUGGGUGUGAUCGAGCGCCGCAUCAUGUUGACCCAGCAGGAGAAGCUCGACAAGCCAAGCUUCGUGCUUUCCAACCUUGGCAACAACGUGAGGUCUUGGUGGUACUGCGAGAACUGUGGCAUGUGGCUGGAUACACGGGAAGCAUCUUAUUCUUCGAAUAGCCAGCGCUCGGUUCCGAGGAAUCACCGCUGUGGCAAGCGAGAUAGAGAUCGCCAGUUGCACGAGAAAUCGACCGCCAAGCCCACGGUCUUCAACAUAGAGAAAGGCGACGAUUUGGGCUGCCACGUCCGUGCGGUGCAAUCUGGAACUGAUAGGCUGCUGUUGCAGCUCCGGGUCCCGAUCAGCGCACUCCAGCAAAUCGAGUACGCUGCAGGUGUCACAUGUCAGCGCCUGAAGGCCUCCGUUCGGAUUGCCAGUGCUUGCCAGCACGACAUGGAGGCUGAAGCAGAGCAGAAAGUGGAAGAGGAUGAAUGUCCGAUUGAAGAGGCCGAGGAGCAAAAGGAAGUCUCCGGCAAGGAGACCGCUCCACUCAAGCGUCGACGGACCGAGCUUGGGACGGAACAGACAUCGACAUCCGGUUCAGCACGUUUUUCGAUCUUGUCCUGCUUGGAUUUGCCACAGGUGCCUCAGCCAGAGGGAUUCCUCUUGCCGCUGCAUGAUUCACAGCGAAGGACCGUUUGGUGGAUGGCCUCGCGCGAGGGCAUCGCAGUUCCCGGAUUUGCCGAGACAGACACGGCUUUCGCAGGCUUCGUUUCAGUGCAGAGGUUGAGCCGCCGCCUUGGGAAGUCUGACGUACGUGUGCAGCUCAAGCUCGAGCGCUACUUCUCACGCGCGAAAGGCGGACUGCUGGCAGAUGCCGUCGGCUAUGGCAAGACUGCGUCUGUUCUGGCCUUGAUAGCGUUGUCACGACCAACUUCCCCAGCGAAGCCACCGACUGAUCAAGCACCACGCAUCGGCUCCCGUGCUACGCUCGUGCUGGUUCCGUCCAACCUGUUUGAGCAAUGGCAGAACGAGAUCAAAAAGUUCCUAACCGAGAGCACCAAGGUUGUGUCCAUUGCUACGAUCCCUGACCUUCGGAAAGCGACGGUCGGACAGCUGCAAUCAGCAGACAUUGUGCUGGUCAGCUGCCGUUUGUUGGUCUCCAAGAAAUACGAGGAGCAUUUGGAUGCAUUGUCCGGUCUUCCGGUGACCCGUGAGACUGUUAUCAGUGGUCAGAAGCUCUUCGACGAUGCGAUGCGGAAGUGGAGCAUGCAGAAAAUGCGUCAUGACCAUGAAAGGGCGCUCCGCCAGAUGGGAAUGCAGAUGGACCUUCCAGGCGGCCUGCAGGUUCGAACACCAGAUCCUGGACCUCAGCCGCAGCUGUCGGCAUUCAAGGAGAAAGUUGAGACCAAGCGAUGCGAGGCCACGGCCGAGCGCUUCUGCCGGCGCCGGGAGGGCCUUCUCGAGCGCACGAAGCAGCUACUAGAGCUGGGCCAGGAUUUGGAAGAUCUCGCAGGGCCUCCCCUCGAGAUCUUCUUCUGGCACCGCUUGGUGGUCGACGAGCUUCACGAGCCUCUUCGUGUGCUGCGGGAUGCCGCUGGCCUCCGCCAAGAGGGGCCCGGCCAGGGAAUGGGCUGGCGGGCCUUGUCCGGUGAUGCCCGGAGUCUGUUUCACAAUCUGGAUGGGCUAGAGGCACGAAGCCGCUGGGGUCUGACAGCGACUCCUCCAACGAACAGUGCUGCGGAAGUUUCCUUCCUGGCGAGUUUCCACCGCGUGUUCGUGCCACGAGACAGUGAUCUGGAAGCGCAGCAUUACCUUGACGAAUACCUCCGCUCCAAUGGCCUCGAUGUCUCUGGGAUACCGAUCACAUAUCACCUGAUCCCCGUCCGUCCCACAGGCGGCGAGAGAGCGCUUUACCUCAACGCUUGCUUUGACAAGGGCAACUUCCAGGCACUUCUUCAGUUGUGCAACUACUUCUCGCCAGACGGCACUGAUGCAGACGUGGCAUCUGCAAUCAGCUCCACUCGCGAAGGCAAUCGAUGUGCCUUAGAAAGGCAUCGCUCGGACAUGGAGAGGGCGGAAGAUGAAAUCCACCGGCUCCAAACCGAAGAGUCUCAAGGCUUCCCAGCUGCGCGAGACGAGGAGGACCUCAAGAAGCGCAAGGCCAAGCUGAAGCGUCUCUUGGAUGCCCAGCCCGCACAACGCGAGAAAGAACGCCUGCUGGAGAGCCGCGUGAAAUACUUCGAGGAAGUUCUUCAACACCUGGAGAAGUUGGAGCAGGACAAUCUCGACUGCCCAAUCUGCAUGGGCACUAUCGAGACGCGAGAUUGUCAAGUGACGGCCUGCGGCCACCUCUUCUGCAAGGAGUGCAUCAUCAGCUGGCUAGGCAAGCGGGGCAAGUGCCCAACCUGCAACACGCAGCUGCAACUGCCCUCCGGGGUCGCUUCAGCAGAAGAUGUGCUGUCACGGCAGAAGGAAGCCGCCUCCAAGGGCCGCAUUGCACGCUUUGGAUCCAAGAUCGAGGCUGUGUGCACCCAGCUCAAUAGCAUCUGGAGCGGCGAGCCCGGGGCGAAGGUCAUCAUCUUUGUUCAGUUUGAGGUCUUGUUGAAGAAGAUGGAGCACGCCCUCGCGGAGCUCGGCAUGCCGUGCCUGACCUUGAAGGGCACGGUCUUUGAGCGUCGGCGGGUGAUUCGGCGUUUCCACGCCGAGGGGAAGGAGAACGAGAUCUUAUUGCUCUCGUUGGAAAGAAGUCCAUCUGGUAUGAAUCUGGUUUGCUGCCACCACCUGCUGCUGGUUCACCCGAUGGCUGCCGAGAGCCGGGACGCUGCUUUGAGCUUCGAGCGCCAGGCGAUUGGCCGCGUGAGGCGACAGGGCCAGAAACACGACGUUCAUGUGUACCGGUUCUACGUGCGCGAGACAAUGGAGGAGGACAUGGUGCACAAGCACCAUCAAGAGUUGCUAAAUGGCAAGGACCCGCCCAAGAAUGGGGAGGGCGCAGAUGCCACAGGCGGCGGCAACGAGACGUCCAGGCCUUCCGAAAGCCAAGCUUCCUGA